UCUGUUAUCUUUGUAAACUUAUUGAUAUUAAAUAUUUCUCGUUUAAAAUGUACAUAUAUCCUAUCAAGUGCGUGUUGUUAAUUUUAUACUAAUCAUGUAAUAACUAAAAUUGUUUAGUAUAUCAGAACAUGACUAUUUAUUAGUGGAUUAAAGCCAUGGUUCGACUGUCCUUUACAGAUUUUGUCUACACAGUACUGGCUUUUUCAAUAUUUCUCUUAGUCAGAUCACUGCAUCCCGCGGAAUAUGUUCGAGAUCACCCCCACUUACCCAAAGAUUAUCACCAAUUAAUAAACAUAGAUUUUCAUUUUGGCAUUUUAAAUAAGGUAUGCGUAGGAACGAAACCCGUUUUAUUAAUAGUGGUGUCGAGUUCAGGUGAAAAUUUUCAAAAACGCUACACGAUACGAAACACGUGGAAAAUGAACGAUGAGUUUGUUCAAUUAGUAUUCGCUCUGGGAGCAGUGGGGGAUAAAUGGUUGCAGGAGAAGAUAAAUGAAGAAAACCAUAUAUACAGAGACAUAAUUCAGGGAAAUUUUGCUGAUACGUAUAGAAAUUUGCCGUAUAAACACAUAAUGAUUUUGAAAUACGCAGCUUACCACUGCGCCGAGACGAAAUUUGUGCUCAAAGUGGACGACGACAUAUUCGUUAACACACCGGCAAUGAAGAACUUCAUUCGGAACGAUCUCGAAGUGAACUAUUCCAAUGGAAUUUUAGCGUGUCAGGUACUACAAAACGUGACCGUAGAACGAACAAACGACGCAAAUUGGAAAGUACUUUACAAUGAAUAUCCUAAGGAGAUUUAUCCCACUCAUUGCGACGGAUCGAGUAUUUUGUAUUCUUCGGAUGUUGCCUUAUAUUUAUACAUGCAAGCACAGCUCAGGCCGGAAGAUUUUUUUUGGGUUGAUAAUGUUUAUGUGACGGGAAUUCUUGCGGCACCUCUCCGUUCCAUACAUAAAAAUAUCAGCAAUCUAGUAUGGAAUUCAGAUAAAAUUAAGGAAAUCAGACGGGAAAUUCCAAAAGAUCCAUUUUUGUUAGGACCUGCACAUUUGGAUGAGAAACAAAUUGAAUUACUUUGGACCUUUGUACAAAAUCAUCCGGUACCAACGAGCUUUAUUCAAUAUAUCAAUUGGUUAUAAUGUAUAUUUUAAAUAAUAACGUUUUAUAUAUAAUAUCAAUCAAUUAUAAUAAGAUAUAAAUUGUUAUGUGCAACGCAUAAUUCAAUCAAAGGACUUUUUAUU